CCACAUUCUAGAUACAAAGUUCAAUUGCCCAUAGCCCGAUUGUAUAGUGUGUUGUAAAAUGUCAGCUACAGAAGACCCUUAUGAAAAUGUGUCAAGAGGAUCUCUAAAAUUAAAAGGAACCGAAAAUAUUAGUAAAAAGAGAUAUCAAACGUUACCUCGUCAUUCAGUUUCAUUGUGACGUAAUCAUAUGAAGAGGUAUUAACGAGUUGGUAAAAAUGUACGAUCGAGUUAUGUUCAGGAAAAAGAAGAAGGAGAAACAGAAGAAGAAACUUGUAGAAGUUACAAAAAUAAUAGAUGAUGAACGACUGGAAGAAAAUGUUACGGCUCCAAAACAUACAAAGGCAGAAUUAGCAUUCAAAAAAAUGCAAGAAAAAAUGCAAACAGAAAGAAUAAAGCAAAAAGCAUCUUUAACACACAAGCAAAGAGUCGAAGAGUUUAAUCGACAUUUGGAUGGUUUAACCGAACAUUUCGAUAUUCCUAAAGUCAGUUGGACGAAAUAAAAAAAGUAUUAUUUAUAUGAAAUCAUCAUCACUUAUUGUCAACCUAUUCUGUUGGCAGAAAAAUAUAAUUAUUCAUUGAAUACUUUCUACGUCUUAAAAUGUCUAUUUAUUUACUAUAAAUAAUAUUAUAUUACACGAAAAAAUGUAUCCUUAAUCUCUCAUUUAUUAAUAUGUUCUUCUAUAUCACAAAGUAAAACUAUUAGAAUAAUUGGAAAAAAUAUUAUAAGUUAAAUCAGUCCAAUUUAGUUACCCUAAAAUGUCUUUCUAUUUAUUGUUUAUUAACAUUAUACAGAACAUGUAUCAAUAAACAUGAUUUUUAAGUCCUUGAAAA